UUGAAUUUGUGACGCUAUUAUAUGAAAGAAAAAGAAAUUCAUCUUCAGUUUUUUUUUUUUUUUCUUUUUUGCCCAAAUAAGUAACAAAAACCAUAAUAAUCAUCAGAGAGAAAGAGAGCCCACAAAAUGACGUAAAAGUAGAGCUACCUACCAAAUCCAGCCCCAUCUGUAACCACUAACCACUUGUCCCUCUCACCAACUUGGUCAAAUCCCCUACCUCUCUCCCACAUGCACUUCCCCAUCCCACCCCCAAACCCACGUCCUCUUUAAAGGAACCCCCCGACUCCAUUUGCUCAACUCUCAUUUCUCUCCCCUCCUUUUUCCUUUCCCUCCCCACUUCCCUACCUACAUAUAUAUCCUUUCUACUCUUUCCCGCACUCCUUCAAAACCAAUCUCUCUCUCUCUCUCUCUCUCUCUCUCGGUUUUCUAUUCUUAUCCUUUUAUUUUUUUUUCCAACUGGUACAGACAAAAGGGGUGGUAAGAAACUUGAAACACAUCAAACAUACGGUACUUAUCCAUUUAUUAUUGAGUUUUUGCCACUUUCCAUAUCUAUCCAAGCCCAACGCCUCUCCUCGCACAAACAUCGGGAAAACAUGGGGCGGUCACCUUGCUGUGAAAAAGCGCACACCAACAAAGGCGCCUGGACCAAAGAGGAAGACCAGCGCCUCAUCGACUACAUCCGUGUUCACGGCGAAGGCUGCUGGCGCUCCCUCCCCAAAGCCGCCGGGCUGCUUAGGUGCGGCAAGAGUUGCAGAUUGAGGUGGAUAAACUAUCUCCGCCCGGACCUCAAGCGUGGUAAUUUCACUGAAGAAGAAGAUGAACUCAUCAUCAAGCUUCAUAGUUUGCUCGGAAACAAAAAUUGUUGCAGAUGGUCUUUGAUUGCGGGAAGAUUACCGGGAAGAACUGACAACGAGAUCAAGAACUACUGGAACACUCACAUCAAGCGCAAGCUCAUCGGCCGGGGCAUCGACCCUCAAACUCACCGCCCCAUCAACGAAAUCGCCGCCGCUACCGCCACAGCUUCCCACUUAGAUUUCAGGAAAUCUUCUCCGCCAUCAAUACCGGUAGCCGAAAUCAGCCUUAUAAAUCAGAGAAACAACAAGUACACCUGCAAUGAUUUCAGCACCGCCACGUUGAACCCGAAGACGGAGUCGGUUGAAGAUGUGAACUGCACCAGCAGCGGCACAACAACCGAGGAAGGAUCACCACGGCUACAACAACGACAAAAACCACUACAUGAACAGCAAGAUCAGCUGUUCGAGAGCGAGCUCAAUUUGGAGCUUUCUGUAGGUCUUGGGCCGUUUCAGGCCGAGUCGACUAGGUUCUCACCUGCGAACACGGCCGAGUCGAAGCUACAGAAAGUUCCUUACGAUUUGUUUGGGACGGUGCAGUCUGCCAUGGUUGCACAGGCGGUGUGUCUGUGUUGCCAUUUAGGGUAUGAGAGGAAAGAGCUGUGUAGGAAUUGCCAGAACUCUAACGGGUUCUACAGAUAUUACACUACUUCUGAUUCAUAAUUUUUAUUUUUUUGGGUUUCACUUGCUGAAUGCUUUUACAUGCCAAUGUAAUCAUAUCCACUUUUUAGAUAUAUGUUCAUCAUAUGACAUGUAGAGGAACAUGACACAUAUCAUAUUGUAUAUUGCUCCUUCCAUUGCUGAAAAAAUAUGUUUCAAUUACUUACAA